UGUAACAUCAUAAAUCUAUAUAUGCUAUUAGAGAAAAAUUUGUUGGGCAUCUAUCGCUUAUCACACUUGAGAACUGUCUAGAAAAUUAGCAUAGAAAAGAUCAAAAUAAUUUUAUCAAUUCUAUUAAACUGAAGAUAUUUUGGAAAUAUUUGCAAUACACUCAAAUUUUUAAUCUGCGAUUUGAAUACUCUUAAUUCUAACAUUUGAAAUCUAUCGAAAAAAGAAAUCGUAAUUCUCGAAAUAUCGAUUAUAUGAUUAAAGUAAUGAGUCAAUUCGUAACUUUGUUAUGUAGAUAUUUAACCUAAAAUAUAUCAUUAGCUACUAAAAAUGGCUAAUAAAUAAUAUAAUAAUUGUAAUAAUUUUCUUAACAUAUAUAAGAAUGUUUAUCGAAAAUAGCAUCAAAAGUUAUCAAAUGCGCGAUAGAAUAUCGAUACUAUCGCACUUUCGUGACGUCAUUGCAACAAUAUGGCUGCCACGAAAGUUCUGGCGGAUUUUGAAUCUGAUCGAAUUUUACAGACUAGUCAACAGUGGGCUGGAGCUGUUGUCGAGAUUUAGUGAGAAGCCGCGUUCAAUUAACCUCGACAACGUUCUGUUCCCGACCGACAUCGACAGCAGAAGCGUCAUAGAGAUCGUCGGAGCCUCAUCCACCGGAAAGACCCUGUUACUGUGUCAAUUCAUAGCGAGAUGUAUACUGCCCGCGCAGUACAGAGGGAUCAAAAUCGAUGGGUGCGAUGCCUGUGCGAUACUGAUCGACACGCUUGGUCAUGUGCAGAUUAGCAAAAUAACCGAACUAAUGACUUUCACAAUACGCGACGCGUUUCAGGCGGCCAACGUGCAACCACCAUCAGUCGAGACAGUAGACUACAUUGUAAAUAAGUCUUUAGAAAACUUGACGGUGAUCAGCUGUUGCAACAACAAUCAACUCCAGUUGACUCUGCACACUCUUGAGGAUGAGCUUCUUAUAAAUGAGAGGAUUGCUCUGUUAGCUAUAGACAAUAUAUUGGCGUACUAUUGGCAGGCGAGAAAAGAGAGGAGUAUACUCAGUAUGGAUUGUUAUGCUAAAGACUUGAUUCGAAUUGUUCGGUCGUCCCAAUUUCACACUGCAACAGUUUACACGAGAUGGGAUGGACCGGUCCCCAAACAGGAUUGGUUAUGCACCAAUCUGUUAGAAAGGACAAGUAUAAAUUAUAGACUGCAACUAGGCAAAAGUACUGUAACUCAGCAAUUUACAUGUCGUGUACAAUCCACCAAUAAUGUAAAACAGAUUUGUUAUACAAUCUCUGAUUCUGGUAUAAAAUGGAUUCAGUAAUAAAACAUAAUUGCAAGUUUGCAAAAUGUUUCAAUAAUCAAUUGAUGAGAGAAGAACCUUAUUGACUAUGUCUAAUGGAUUUAACAGUCCCGAACCUGCUAUUGUUACUUGGCAAUUUGAAUGAAAUGAUGAUAUGAUUUCUUUAGUUUCUCUUACUUCUUCCGGUGUUAUACCUCCAAUUAUGUAAAUGAUAAUCCAAUUAUUAUCACAUGGAUGACGUUUGAUUCUUCCUUUAGAAAAUAAGCUGUCAAGGUAUAUAUGAAAUGAACUAGAUUUUCUUCAGAACUUU